AAUGAAAGCUAGCAGGCAGACCACGAGCACGGAGAGAACUUCAGAACCACCGUGGUGACAACACAGCUAGCAGAAGCACAAUUCGGUUGAGCAGUCCCGUCCGUCUGACGAGGAAAGCAAACUCACAGCCACAAGGACGGAAUUCAAAUAACGCCUCAACGUGAGAAAGGACAGAAGAAGUGCUCUCAAUCACUGAACGCUGCGUACUCAAGGACGACUUCCUAUACGGAGACGAAGUCCAGAAUCUUGUACCGCGGCGAUGUGUGGUAUUCGCGCAGUAACGCUGCUGCUUACCUUGGUGGGAGCGGUGGCACUGGUGGCGGCGGCGCCUGGAACCUGUCGCGUCCUGCUGAUCUUCCAGAUGGGCGCGCGCAGCCACUGGACCCUAGGGAGGGCGCUGGCGGCGGGUCUAGCUGCCCGCGGCCAUCACGUCACAGCCGUCACGCCCUUCUCGGAGCAAGGCUCAUCGGAUAAUUGGACACACGUGCCGGUACCCAACACUAUGCAUCUCUUUGGAGAUACCAACAUGUUCUCACUCGGUGAACGUGGCGCAUUUGGACUGAUCAUGACUCUCUUCCGUUUCGGAGUGAGUUCGUGUGAAAUUUUCCUCUAGACAGAGAGCGUCCGGCGACUGUUCCUCGCCGAGCACAAGUUCGACGUCAUGAUCAUCGAAGAGUUCUUCAGCGAGUGCUUCCUGCCGCUGGCUCACAGGCUGCGGAUCCCCGUCAUCGGUGUGGCGACAAUAUCGCCGACCUCUUGGAUGGCGGAUAUCGUCGGCAGCCCCAGUCCGUACGCUUAUGUUCCGGACACAUUCCUCUGGUACACGGACAGGAUGUCCUUCUUGCAGCGACUCCACAACGCGGCGUUUGCGACUCUGUCUAAAGUCGCUCGCGAGAUGUAUUACAAACCGAGAUUGGAAGCCGUUUUGCGGCAGUACCUGAACAGCACGGCGCUGCCAAGCGUGUCGGACAUGGAGAAGAACACCUCCGUCCUACUUUCAAACACUCAUGUGAGCAUGUUUUUCCCGCGUCCCCUGUCGCCUAAUUACAUUGAAAUCGGAGGGGUGCACAUAAGGCCUCCGCAAAAGCUUCCACAGUAUUUUCAGAAGCUCCUGGAUGAUGCCAAGAAUGGAGUAAUACUUUUCAGCCUUGGAUCUAAUCUUCGCAGCUCUGACAUGCCUGAAGCUAAAACAAAAGCAUUUUUCGAGACAUUUUCUAAAAUGAAACAAAUUAUUCUCUGGAAGUGGGAAACAGAUGAUCUGGAAGGAAAACCAGAAAAUGUAAAAACUGAAAAAUGGCUGCCGCAGUCAGAUAUAAUGGCUCACGAUAACGUGCGGCUGUUCAUCACGCACGGCGGCUUGUUGAGCAUGACAGAGGCCGUGCACCACGGGGUACCGCUGGUGGUGGUGCCGUUCUUUGGAGACCAGCACUUCAACGCCCGGCAAGCCGAGCGCCUCGGCUACGCCGUCAGGCUUGACUUCAGUAACAUCACAGCGGAUUCACUCACCUGGGCACUUACAGAAGUGCUUAACAGCCCUAGCUACCGCAUAAGGGCCCGUGAGGUGUCUCGUAUCUUCCACGAUCGUCCUCGCGCGCCGCUGGAAGAGGCCGUUUGGUGGACGGAGUACGUUGUCAGGCACCGCGGAGCGACCGCCCUGCGCUCUGCCGGCCAGGACCUCUGCUGGUACCAGAUAAUGCUGCUAGAUGUAGUCGCUGCCGCGCUGGCCGCGCUCUGCCUACCGUCGUUGGCAAUCUGGGCUGGUUUCAAAGCAUUGUCUGCAAAACGUGUAGUGAGUGACGUGAAAAAGAAUGAGUAACGGCUGCAGCAGUGUUGUAUUUGUAAUUUACACGACAAAACCUUUUCACAGGCUUGUAUGGUCGGCCUUGAACCCAAAUGCUUAAGCAGCCUGAACGUGAAGUGCCGACACAGUCCUAAUUCCGUAAAUGUAGUUCAAGAAAUAUGAGGACCUCCGUCGGAAACUUCGUCACCCUUGUCAUGGGAUUAAGAUAUGUUGAGAUAUCCAACCUUAUCCACAAUAUAUAUCUGGAAGAAACUCUUUGCCUACAGUAAAUGAAGUUAUUGUUAGCAAUGUACAGCAAUAGAAAGCAACUGUUGGAUGCUGAGGCAGCCUUCCCUAAGGUCUAAAAACAUUUUAAAAUGAUUCU